AUGGGCUCAAGUGAAGAACACUCGACCGAGAAGUCGGUGCCUCCCUCUCCGACCAACGGUGAUAGUGAGCUGCACAGGCGUCUGAGCAGCCGGCACGUCACCAUGAUUGCGCUUGGCUCAUCCAUCGGCAUGGGUCUCUGGCUCGGUAGCGGAACCAGUCUGGCCAACGGCGGCCCGGCUGCUCUCUUCAUCGGCUACAUCCUUUCCGGAACCAUGAUCUGGUCUGUCUCGCAGUCUAUCGGUGAGAUGGCCAUCAUGUACCCCCUACCCUCGGCCUUCGUACAGUGGACCAAUAAAUUCGUCGACCCAGCCGCCGGCUUCGCGCUGGGCUGGUGUUACUGGUUCUCCUGGUGGAUCACCAUUGCCAACGAGCUUGCUGGUCUCGUGACAGUGCUGGGCUUCUGGGAAGGGAGCAGCAAGAUACCCACGGGAGGUUGGAUUGCUAUUUUUCUGGUCGUUAUAGUGCUUGUGAAUAUCUGCGCUGUCAACUACUUCGCCGAGACCGAGGUCGUCUUCGCAGCCAUCAAGUUCGGCUGGAUCUUCGUCAUCAUCAUCACCAUGAUUGUCAUCUCCGCUGGCGGCGCACCCAAGGGCGGCCCAAUCGGGUUCAAAUACUGGGACACAACUCACGGCUUCACCAACGGCUUCAAAGGGUUCCUCGACAUCAUGCCCACCUGUAUCUUCGCCAUGUCCGGCUCCGAGGCCUGCGGUCUCGUCGCCGCAGAGACCGAGAACCCGCGACAGUCGGUUCCCAAGGCUGUCAACUCCAUCUGGAUCCGCCUGGGUCUCUUCUAUGUCGUCGGCUCGCUCAUGAUCACCAUCACAGUCAGCCCAUACAAUGAGAAUCUGUUUGGCGGCACGGGUACAAACGCCUCGCCGUUCGUCAUCGCCUAUAGAGAUUCUGGUCUCGAGCCUUUGGCGCACAUCAUGAACUUCAUCAUCUUCAUCUCCGUCUUGUCCACGGGCAGUAUCUCGGCAUACUCUGGUGCCAGGACUCUCGUCGGCCUCUCUGAGAUUGGCAUGGCUCCCAAGAAAAUGAGGAAGGCCGACAGGAUUGGGCGUCCCUGGUGGGCUCUCGUGCCGACACUUAUCAUUGGUGGUGGUCUUGCGUUCCUCAAUGUCGACCAGACUGGCACGACCGUGUUCACAUGGUUCUCCAACCUGACGUCUCUCAUCACCCUGUUCGGAUGGGCCAUGAUCUGCUUCUCCCACAUCAGGAUGCGGCACGCAUGGAAGGUGCAGGGCCGCUCCGUCGACGAGCUGCCCUGGAAGACCUGGACGUUCCCCGUGGCUGCUUGGUGGGGGCUGGGCUGGUGCAUCCUUCUCGUCAUCGCCGAAUUCUACCUCAGCAUAUGGCCCCUUGGCGACUCCCCGAGCGCCAAGAACUUCUUUGCCAACUUCGUCUCUAUUAUUGCUGGCGUGGUCAUCUGGCUCGGCGCUCGCCUCUACUACUACCUGACAGAGAAGUCGGGCUGGUGGGUUAACUCUCGCACCAUCGACCUUGACGCAGGCCGGCGGUUCUACUCGGCGGAUCAGAAGGCGUUCGGCUGGAUACGGAGGAAGAUCUGA